AUGAGCGAAAGUACGGGCUCCUCGCCCUUUGUGGAGCGUCCGAUGUCGCCUGAAAGCACCAAAACACAUUCAAUCGCGCUCAAAUUCAAGAUGAAUUCGCUGCAAAACCAGUUUGAAAUAGACAAACUGUCCAUGGAGAGAGAGAUCUCAAUGCUUGAUAAGAAAUACCGGACCACACUGAACGAUUUAGAAAAAGCCGUCGAUGACACGAAGUAUUUGUAUUCCACCAACGGAAAGCUAGAGGCCAAACUUCGAGCAGUGGAACAAGAACUAGCAACGGUAAAAAAUGAGAGAUCUGCCGAGAAACAGCAACUGCAACAAGAAUUGGAUCACCGUGAUUAUGAACUACAAGAAUCAAAGUCAUCGGCAAGAUCCAGAAUUUCGUAUCUAGAAAACGAAGUUUCCAAUGUCAGGAUCGAGGCAGAUGGAUGCAAGAGUAUGCUGAAACGGUACGAGGAAGAAGUCCAAUUUCAAAAUAAUCAAAUCCGGCAAUUGCAAGUGGAAGCAGCCCAGAGAGAUGAUAACAUCGCCAGUCUCAAAGCGACCCGCGUUGUUAUGGCCCAUCACAGUUACUCCACAGAAGAUUUAACUGAGCUGACAACUCUCAAAAAUUUACUGAAUGAGCAGAUGUUGUUUUCGAAAAACUUGGAACAAGCAAACCUCGAGCAGGCAAACGAUUUGAAAAAGUUACGUUUCGCUCAGGAGUCUUAUAAGUUCUUACAGUCUGAGAACGAAGAACUCCGAAGAAAAACCGAAAAGCUUGAACUCCUCGAGAAGAGAAACCAGGAUUUGGAGCUUGCAAACGUAGAACUCCAGUCUCAACUAUGUUUCUGGGACAAUAUACAAGAGGCGUCUAGUGGUGGGUCCAAGAAAUCACCCGACGAAGUGGUUCGAGAAUGGGCCAUCUUCAAAAGUGAAAAUUUGAAACUCGUCAAUGAAAUUUCAAAAGCUCAGCUGGACCUGACUAAUGUCCGUAUACUGAAUGAUGAGAUGGCUUUAGAACGCAACCAGCUUUUGGAUCUGAAUAAAAACUAUGAGACCAGUAUCUUGAAUUUGAAAAGACUUAACUACGAAUUUGAGCAACAAAAGCUUCUUUCCUUCGAAGAGUGUAAGAUGUUGCGUAAGCAGCUCGACGACAUGGCACCUUUAUCCAAGGAAAAUGAUAGCGAAAAAUCAAGCGAUCAGCAAACACUGGAUAAACUAGUACAGAGCUACAAGGAAAAAACUGAAGAUCUUACAAGUGAACUUAAAAAACUUAAUCAAGAUAUCAUGAACAAUGGCGACGGUAUACCGCACAACAAAAAACGGAAGACUAGCGACGACGUAGCGUUAAACUAUUCACAGCGGUUGAACGAGUUGCAGCUACAGAAUUUGGAGUUAACUCGCAAGCUCUCAAGCUCUACUGACACAAUUGAACUUCUAGAAGCAAAAAUCAAAAAGCUUAAACAAUUGAGUGAGAAAAAGGUACGCAUUCUGCAGCUGCGGGAUAAUCCAUUUUCCAAAAACCAACAGGUUAAGCAAAAGAGGUUGGCUCUGCUUCUUAAAGAAAACGAGGAUUUAGUAGCGGGAAAAGGUGUUGUACUCGAAAACACUGUUCCGAGAUCCUUAUAUGAACGGCUCAAAUUUGAUGUUUCGCAGCUGGAGGAUGAAAUCUUCAAGCUCAACAAAAAAAUCACCAGACUACGUGAGGUGUUCAAUCGAAAAUCGCUUGAAUUCAUAGACGCGGUCAAUUCGUUGUUAGGAUUCAAACUUGAGUUCAGAUCCGACGGAAAAAUCAAAAUGAUACCCUGCUACAUGCCUGACAAGUUUUUGGUCGCAGAUUUAACUAAUGAUUCCAUGAAAUCAAACCUGCAGCAGGAGAUCGAGGGCUGGGACGCACUUCUGCAAGACUUGGUGUUCGAAAAAGGACAAAUGCCUGCGUUUUUCGCCACGAUAACAAUGAAGCUUUGGGAAAUGAAGCAAAAAUGA